AUGGAAGCUCCCAAGACUUGCAACCCCAAAUGUAGUCGAUGGACAAUCCCAAUUGCCGUUUCAUUCCUCCUCCUCUCACAGAUCUGGAUAAUCCAGAACACAUUUCAAUGUACAGUCAUGGAAAACUAUGCAUCAUUGCGGAAUACCAAUCUCACAAACUGGAAAUUUGUCCAGCAUUUAACAGAUUCCAUGCAGCCACAAACUCAGAAUGAUCAGAUUAAUGACCUCAAGAAGGAGAUGAAAGUCAUGGGUGACCAUCUAAGACAAUCAGUCGAGUUCUUCCCAUUAAAAAACCCGAAUGUGAACCCCAAGACAGAACCAGAUCGGACCUGGUUCAUGAGCACACUGCGGGGAAAAGAAGAAAAUGGCGAUCCAGAGCACUUUUACUUCCCUUCAGAGGCCUCUAAUGGCAGAGUCCUGUGCAUUAAUGGCACUGACAUGUCUGCUUCCUAUGGAUUUGCAUGGCCGAAGUACCUACCAAUGAAUUCAACUCUGCUUCCGGGGCUCACAUUCAUAGCAGACAGUAAUUGGGAUUAUAACAAUCCAUGGCACAGUAUGAUGAAUUUGGUGGCUCAUGAAGCAUGGCGGAUUGAAAACCAGUGCAGAACAGCUAAAAGAUUUGUUCUUUAUCAGCAGGGCCAUCUGGUGAAGAAAAUGGGAUCUUGGGUUUCCAAUUUUAUGGAAGCUGUUCUGAAACAUCAGGUAAAACCAGAUGAAUUGGAGUAUGGUGGUGGGAUUGUUUGUUUUGAAGAGGCUGUGAUAUAUCGGAGAAGCUUGGGGCACAUGUCGCUGGAAAAGAGGUUGGCCAUGUUUGAUAUGAUCCGCUGUAAGACACGGAAGUUCUGUCAUGUAAGUGAAGUUCAGCGUAUCGUCGAUGGGAUUCGAACCAUUAACCUCACUCUGCUCGCUCGAACUGGUCCGCGGUCUUUCAAGAAUGAGUCCAUGGUGGCCUCGGUGAUUGCAGAGGAAUGUAGCAAAGUUGCAGGCUGUAAAUUUCGGCUGCUUCAUAUUGAUAAUUUGAGCUUUUGUCAACAGGUUGAAGUUCUGAGCAUGACUGAUAUUUUGGUUACGGUUCAUGGAGCUCAACUAACAAACAUGAUGUUUAUGUCAAAUGGAAGUAGUGUGAUGGAAAUGUUUCCAAAGGGGUGGUUGGAACGAGCAGGGGUGGGACAAUAUAUAUAUCAUUGGUUGGCCAGCUGGACAGGAAUGAUUCAUGAGGGUACUUAUAGGGACACUGAAGGUCCACAUUGCCCAACUCCUAAGGACCCAGAUCAAUGCUUUACUUUUUAUAAAGACAUGAAGGUUGAGGCAAUGAGCAUAACUAAUAUUUUGGUUACAAUUCAUGGAGCUCAACUUACAAACAUGAUGUUUAUGUCAAGGGGAAGCAGUGCAAUGGAAAUGUUUCCCAAGGGGUGGUAG